AUGAGCACUGCCGCUGAUACCCUUGAUAACCAGUCUACCUCUGACGCCCUAGCACCUCCGGUUGAGCAAGUCACUGCCGCCACCUUCAUCACUCAAAUCGAACAUCGGCAGCAGGAAUGGGACGAUCUCAACGCCAUGGGGCAGGCAAUUAUCUGCGCCACCGUCCAAAGAUAUAUGAUGAUCUACCUAUUCGAAUGCAAAACUGCAUUCGAAGCCUUUGACAUCCUUCGCUCUGUUUUCGGCCAGGACCUUCAUCAAUCCACCUCCGCCAAGCUAUCUCGCUGGAUUCAGUGCACCUACGAUCCUAAAAUGAAGGCCCAAGACUUCGUCGAUAAGUGGCGUCAAAAUAUGUUGGAGGUGCAGAUGGCUUUUGCUCCGAAGGAUCGUCCAUCCGCCUCGUUUUGCUACCACAUAUUUUUGAGCGCAGUUUCCGCUAAUCCGACCGGUGCUGCCUGGGUGAGUGCUCUUAAUACCAACGAAUCGCCCCUGUCACUUUGCGAGCUCGAAAACGCUUUUCGCGACUUAUUGGCUUUCGUUCCGCUACAAGAAGGUCAUAAGUGA